UUUAAAUGUUGCCGCCACAUAUCUAUAAUCGAAAUUUAGUUUAAAUCGAUACUCAAUUUUAUAAAACAGUCAACUCUUGAUCCGGUGUAACGCUUUUCAAGUGUGUUUCGGCAAUGAUUUCCUUUCGGCUAAAUUACUCGUAACAAGAAUAUGGUUCACGAAAUUGUUUUAAAAACGAGUUGAUAACGAAACGAGUGUGGAAGGAAUAUUUAUAAAGGAAACAAUUGAGGACUGAACCAAUUAAUAUUCAGAAGAUCUCAUCGCAAACGUUCCUGAUCAAAGAUGAGCAACGAUUUGCUACCGGAAUGGUUAAACUUGUUGCUGGAUGAUGUAGAAACUAAUUUAUGCUUACCAAUACUAUUGGUUAUGGUUCUUUGUACUAUUCAAUUUAUAAUUAAUCAUAUGGUGGACAUUGGAUGCACUAUUUAUCAAAAUAUCAACCAGAGUUCGAGCGAAGACGAUGAGUCGAUUGAAAAGGAACCGGGUGAAAGUUUGAUGGACAAAAUCAAAGCAUUUGUUUGCAAUUUGGCGUUCAAAAGUGAUAGCAAUAAUUUAAGAAACACGGAGUGUACUGCGCCACUUAGGCCGAAUGCUCGUGAAGAGGAAUGGGACUACUGCGAAGAGGAUGACGAUUAAAGAAGAAAAUUUUCCAUAUGAUACCAUAAUCCAUACCUAGGUACCGAAAUAACCAUAUUCUAUUGCAUGAAUUUUACAAAUUUUGAUAUCAAAGAUAUACUAUAUUGCCCUUAAUAAACAAUUUAUCAAUGAAAAUAGCGUGACAUUUAAAUUUCUCGAAACUCCAUAAUGAAAUUCACGAGAAGUUAACAAAUUAAUUUUA